UUCGGUUCGACAGAAAACCGGAGCUGCUCUUCUCACCAUCUGCAGGGUUUUACAAUGCUUUCUCGCUUCAUCUCCAAGUCUUCACAGUUUCAUCGCUUGCUAACCCUAGUUUCCUCACAGACCCACCUCGUAAAUUCGAAAUCCAUCACUCCCGAACCCUUAUUUUCGAUCCCCAACCGCUAUUUCCCUCCCAGAAAUCCCCAUUUGUCGUUCUUCUCCACGAACGGGAGAAAUGGAAACUCCGGCGAUGAUUCGGCUACCUCGACGACGGAUUUAUGGAAAAUAUCAUCGGAAGUUGACCACGAUAUCGACUCCGUUUUUGGGGUAGAGACCGGAGAUCUUAAAGGAAUCGAAACCCGAAACGACGGCGUACUGGGAAAUGGUGAUCUAUCAUCUGGUGGUGGGGUCGGAAGGGAAGGUUGGGAUUUUGGGGGUACCGAUGCUUUUAGUGGAUUUGAGGUGAAUGAUGGCGGCGGCGGCGGCGGCGGCGGAAAUAGGGAACGUGCGGCGGCCGAAGAUGAUGAGCCGUGGAGUUUUCCGGCGAAGGGGAAGGAAGAAGCGGAGGAUGUGUUUGGAAUUGUAGCAGAGAGUGGUGGAAUGGAACUCAGUGGAUUGAGUGACGGAAUCGGGACGGGGAUCGAAAAGCACGAGGAAAAUAAGCAGCUUGAAUCGGAGGAGAAGGCCUUAAUUGCCGAACUCAAAGGCCCAAAUCGAGCAUUCGGUGAUCUUAUAGCAUCAUCUGGGAUAACAGAUGAGAUGCUGGAUAGUUUGAUUGCGUUGAAGGACUUUGAAGGGAUUCAAGGACUGCCCCCACUAUCCGAAAUCGAAAACAUUCGUUACGAGAAGAAUAGCAAAAGAUCCAAUAGAGCUGAAAUGGAGCGGCAAAAGCAAGAAGAUAUGGCCAACGCACAUGUCAGAGAAGUAGACGACAAGGGAAGGGCUUACGGUACAGGAAGAAGGAAAUGCAGCAUAGCCCGUGUUUGGAUUCAGCCAGGUGGCGGAAAUUUUGUGGUCAACGACAAAGAGUUUGAUGUAUAUUUCCCUAUGCUUGAUCACCGUGCUGCUCUUCUUCGCCCUUUCUCUGAAACAAAGACUUUGGGUAUGUGGGAUGUCAAUUGCACUGUUAAAGGCGGUGGGACUUCAGGUCAAGUUGGAGCAAUUCGUUUGGGCAUUAGCAGAGCACUGCAAAGGUGGGAACCGGGAUUGCGCCCUCCUCUGAAAGAAGCCGGUUUUCUGACAAGAGACUCGAGAGUCGUGGAAAGGAAAAAACCUGGUAAAGCAAAAGCAAGGAAGAGCUUCCAAUGGGUCAAACGUUGACCGCUACUACUUUGCACUCUUUUCAUUUACGGAUCCACUCGUAGAGAGCAUUUGUCGGUGAUGUUUCUUCAUUGCAAUAAGAGAAGCUAAAUUAGAGGCUGCCAUCUUCUGUAACACAACCGAUUUUUAGUUCGGAAUUUACUAAAAGGCACGAGUUUCUUUUGAUUCAUGAGUUUCUUAAAAGGCAUUUGUUAUGUAGGAUUUUUGGCCUGGGUAAAUUACUUUAGUUCUUUUCGAGACAGUUAAUUUUAGUUGUAUCGAAAGAAAGAAUAUUUAUGUUACUGCAACUGAUGAAGUUUUUGUUUUGUAUGAUGAAUGAGAUGUUGCCAUGUCAUUUAUUUUUAU